UAGGGUAGAACUAUCAACCGUAUAAUAGAUAAGAGAUGUUUGGAUUCAGAAAAAAUCUAAUGGGCAAUUAAAGGAUGCAUGAGGGUUAAUUUAACAACUAAUGGAGGACUAUAGUUAAUUUAAUGGGCUAUUGGGUAAUUAUGGAAGUGAUUUUCAACCAUAACCUGGCUAUUAUAGAAGGACAAAAUUCAGAGAAUACCCUCAAGGUUUUGCCCUUUUGGUUAAAGAAGAAGGAAUAAUGAAGCUUAAGGUUGAGUGCUGAC